GAAGUAUGAAAUGUCAAAAAAUAAUAAUCAAACUAAUGGCAUAAUUAUACUUUGGACAACCAAACAGUACCCAUGUAAUUACAUUAUGAUAUAUAACAAACGAAUAAAUCAUCCUUGGAGGUGUUUAAAAUGAUUUAAAGAGUUUAAGCGUUUAGUUGGUAAGGACAUAAGUUGACAAUUCGAGUCAAGUAUAAAAAUCUCACAGUAUUUUAGAAAAGAUCCAAACAAAAUUGAAAAAACUUAAAAAUACGAAAACACCUCGAGGUUGUAAAAUUUAAUUGUUAUUGAUUUAGUUUAUAUUUGAAAAAUCUGAAUCAAUCUAGACUAUGUACAUGAGCUCUAUAUAUGCAAACCUAUGUACUAAGGGGUCGUUUGGUUAGAAGACAUAUGGUACAAUUAGAUAUAUUAGGAGUACGAAAAAUUAAUGAAUUGAAUAAUUUUGGCAUAAUACAUAAAUAUGCACUUUAACUUGGCUUCAAAUCACAUUUAUGUCUUUCAACUUUGGGUGUGCACAAGUAGACACUUAAACUUGUAUAAAGUUGAACAAAUAGACAUACAUGUCCUACAUGUAAUUUUUGUCCAACGUGGUGUCCUACGUGUAUUUUGCCAUGUAGGACUCAUGUGUUUAUUUAUUUAAAAGUUUGAUAGUUAAAGUGCAUGUUUGUGCAUGAUGAAAGUUGAAGGUCAAAGUUAAAAUUUGAAGCCAAGUUUAGGGUCCAAUGUAUGUAUUAUGCCAAUAAUAUUUAAAGAAUAACUUGUUUGUUUACAAAAAUACCCUCCAUCAUUUAAAAUAGAAAAUAGUUUGAAGAACAUCUAUUAUUCCACUCUCGAAAUAACUUUUCAUGAUACUAUUAAUUAUUAUUAUUCUUUCUAUUAUAAUCAAAUAAUGGAUAAGAAAUAAUUAAACGAUCUCUAAUGGUCGUUUUGAUAGUUGGUUAGAAUUAUGCAUCGAUAUCUAUUAGUAAUGUAGUGAUUAUUUAUGAAUUAGUCGAUCCAUUAUUUUAUGCAGAUAUGAGUUAUUCGUGUAUUAGUUAUCCAUAAGACAUACAUUAGAUUAUUAGAAUUAAUUAUUCCACUUUCUAUUAUGCAUUAAAUAAUAAAUAGAUUUCAUCAUAAGUUAUACAUGUAUUAAUUGUGCAGAUUUCUAAACUGUCAACUAAACAUUGUAUUAAUUUUAUACAUGUUUAACUUAUUUUCUAUGAUUCUAUCCACCUACUAAACAUGUAUAAGUUGUACAAAAAUUAUAUGAGUAACUUGUUUCUCAUCCAGCUUCCAAUCACUUAUACACAUGUAAUUAUUUUCAUUAUUUGUGUCUAUGUAAACAUAAUUUGACAUGAGAUUGAAGUCUCAAUCUAAUAGUUACAAGUUACAACUUUAACUUGCAUAUAAAUUCCAAGUCUAAAAACAAUAUGCGUAUGGAUAGACGUUUUUCAUGUCAUUAGAAACUUUUUAUGUACUAUCGAACAAUAAUUUGGUGAAUAUGAAAUAGAGGUUAUUUGAGUUAAUAAGCUUUGAUUAUUUUUUUAUUGCUGCAUCUUUGUGGUUUAUACUAGGUCUUGCUCCAACUAAAUAACUUAUGCAACAAUGAAGAUAAGAAAUUAAUUGUGUCAACUUUCUACUAUACAAGUUACAUGAAAAUUAAUUGAGAAGUCAUCCCUAUAUUUGAUUACUUUAAGGAGAACCGAAAAAAAUCAAAUUUGUUUUGAACUGUGCAAUUAAAACAAAUUGUCAUUUGUUAUUAGUGGAGGUCAAAAUGACCAGAUAUGUUCAAAUUUGACCUUAAUUGGCAAGUAAACACUUUGACUUUGAGUAUACACAUUUAGAUUCUUCGACUCGUCUUUAAUGUCCAGCUUUGUAAGUGAUCAUCUAGACACCUCCAAAAUUUACAUGUCACAUCAACAUCGAGUGUCCACGAAAAAUAGAGGGGUUGUUAGUUGAGACCAAAUUGAGCUCAAUAGAUGUGUUUACUUGAUAGUUGAAAUCAAGUUUGAGUAUGCCUAUUUAUAUCUUAUGCCGAUAUUCUCUAUAUAAUAUUUGUAUAUAAACUAGACAAACGAGACUAUUAUAUAUUGUGAUUUGCGAUGGAUGGGCCUUUAGUAGAUGUAGAUGGAUUACUAAUAAUUAUUGGACCUAAUGUGAACCGAAAGCCCAAACUUGAAAUACGAAAGCCUUCUUCUCCGAAUCCUCUUCCCCUUUCUCUGUAAACAAUCAAUGGAGUCCAAACCCUCAAGCGGAUUCGGACCCUCCAGUAGUCCUCUACUGUCUCUCUCCACCUUCGUCCACCAGCACUGCUCCCGACUCGGUGCUGAACUCGCUAACCGAUUCGACGAAGCGAAACGGCUGAGUUCUAAAAUCGCCGCCGAUUUUAUUCAGCAGCCGCUGCCGGCGGCGAUAGGGAGGAGUUGUUCGUUGCCGUUGCAUUCUUAUCACCUAUCACUUCCGUUCGCUUCGGUGUCGCAGCGUCAAGAGAAGGUCGCUAAAAAUACCGGUUUGAGCUCGGAUUAUGUUGCUAAGACAUUAACUGGAACUUCUGUAUACACAGUUAGCAAUUCUAACAAUGAAUUCGUGCUCAUUUCGGACCCGAAUAGUGCGAAGUCAAUCGGAUUAUUGUGCUUCCGUCAAGAGGACGCCGAGGCAUUUCUUGCUCAGGUACGGUUGCGGAAGAAGGAAGUGAGAGGUGGAGCUAAGGUAGUUCCGUUGACACUUGAUCAGGUUUACAUGUUGAAGGUUGAAGGAAUCGCAUUUCGUUUUUUGCCAGAUCCUGUUCAAAUUAAGAAUGCAAUGGAGUUAAAAGCUUCUGAUGUAAAGACUGGAUUUGAUGGAGUCCCUGUUUUCCAGUCAGAUCUCCUAGUUGUGAAAAAGAGAAACAGACGAUACUGUCCAAUAUACUUUCGAAAGGAGGAUAUAGAAAAGGAGUUAUCGUCAAGGGCAUUGAGAGGAUCUAGUGUCUCUCAGCACAUUAUGGUAGGGACUUUGGAAGAUGUCCUGAAAAAAAUGGAGAUAAGUCAGAGAAAUUCUGGCUGGGAGGACCUUAUCUUUAUCCCCCCUGGUAAAAGUCAUUCACAGCACAUUCAAGAUGUUACUAGAGCAUAAAUUUCUUGCAAGCAGCUCCUGUUUGAAACAAAUCAAUAUAGAGGCAGGUCACAUUCUCCUCUGCACUUGGUCGACCCGAAUAAUCCAAAUAGUUAAGCUCCGUACUGCUGGAUUAGCUUUAAGAAGAUACAUAAAUGAUCAAGUUCUUGUUUGAAUAUUUAAUGGAGGGAACAACUAACAUGUUAUACAUUAAAAGUCAAUGAGUUGGUAACUAGAGGCACAAUUUACUUGGUGUCUGUCAUCUGUACAUUGCACAAGUUGAAUUGUUGAACUAUGUUUUGACUCUGAGGUAAAUUAUCCCAGGAUGAUCUCCCAUUUUAUUUGAGAAUGAAUGAAACGAUAACAAGUUAUGAUACCCUCAGUUUGCGACGAAAAUUAUUAAA